CCCGCGUAAUCAGCGAAUCGUGAUGGCGACGAAAUCCGGAAGCGAUCUGACGGCUGUCCCGUCUCUCACAUUUUCCUUCGUGGAGACUUAUAUACAGAUGAAUAGCAGAAGUGCCGGGACUUCCCAACUGAACAAAGGCUUCAAAUAUUAUAGUGAAGGGUUCAUUUAUAAUUUGCGAAGUCACCUUAGAGAGCAGUCCAGUGGUUAAAGUGGUCAGCGCCAGCUGCAGCUGUGCCAUAGGUCAGAGCCAGUGUUGUGGUCAUGUGACAGGUGUUUUAUAUCUGGUGGCCCACUAUAAGCAGAGAGGAAUGAAGUCCAUCCCACAGGAUAUUGCCAAGACCUCCAUGCCACAGACAUGGCACAUCCCUCGCCAGGACAAAAUAUCCGAACCAGAGAAGUUUGCAGAAAGACUGAGAUCUUCUUCUAGGACCGUCCUCACAGAGGCAAUGAGAGAGGGCAUUGCCAAUGAGCCUUUUGCAGUAGAGGCAUAUGGGAAGCUAAAGGAGGGCAAUGUGAAUAUAUAUCCCUGUGGGAUUGUAAUAAGUCCCAGAGCAGCAUGGAUGGCUGCUUCUCCAGACCGGAAGGUGCUAGACCCCAGCUCCAACCCUCCUUUUGGUCUACUGGAGGUGAAGUGUCCAGACCUGCGGAAUAAGGACCUCUGUGAUCUGCAGUACCUCAGCCUGAAGGACAAUGGCCAGCUUGCUCUUAAGGCAACAUGUAACUACUAUCAUCAGAUCCAGAUGCAACUGGCAAUGACUGGUUUGAAAUGGUGUGAUUUCUUUGUCUGGUCUGAAAGGCAACACCAUCUCGAGAGAAUUGACUUUUGUCCUGAGAGCUGGCAAAGGGUGAAAGACAAGGCAGAUAAAUUCUUCUUUGAUUACCUUCUUUCAUAGUUUCUGUACUACUAUGUUAGAAGUCAUUUCUCUGAUUAUUUCAAUUACCAAAAAAAUCAGCAAUAUUCUUAACAUCAAGCUAGAUGAAAUCAUAUCAAGUUUAAUGCAUUCAGAAAAAUACAACAAGAUCAACUUCUUUCAUUGUUUAAUUGAUAAACAUAUAAUGUGAGGUAUAUAUUUCAUAUAUACAUCAAACAUGUUCUCUGUUCAUAACACUUUGUGUAUUGUUAUUAAUCAUUCAGAAACAAAACCAUGCAAUAUUGAUCUAGUUCACUGCUUAUUAGAAAUUCUGGCAUUGUUUAAAGGGAGAUACUCACAAUUUCAGCAUAUCAUAAUUCUGAGCAUUUUUACUUACUACCUGUGUAUAUUUCAAAACAUUGAUAUCUAUAAAAAUGUAAAAGAUCUGUGUAUUAAAAAAAUAUACAGUCGAUGAAAUAUUACAGAUUUAGCUGUAAUCACAUUUAUUAAUUUAUAUUAACAAGUUUGUUUUGAGCAUUUGUCAUAAAACUUUUGUUACAGUAACAUUUAUUCAACAGAAUCAAUAAUGACAUCUUUUGACAAUCUAACAAUUUAAAUGUAACUUUGUUACCACAACAUAAUCUUAUCUGUAAUACAGACAGACAGACAGACAGUAUUUAUUCAGUAAAGAGGCCCUCGCCCAUAAUACAAUCAGACUGACAUUGUGUUUAGUGGGUGCGCAAUACAACUUUGCAGCUCUAUGUCCUGGAGUUCAGUUUCUGUACAUGGUAUAAGUAUAGGCCAACACUGUAUAUGACAGCAUCAUUUUUGCUUUGCAAAAGAUUUACGACAGAGUAAUGAGUAAGUGGUUCUUUAGUGAACUUUGUUAUAUAUUUCUUUCUAGGUAUAUCAUAGGUAUUACAAAUAUAUAGUACAUGAUAUUCAUUUUCUAUAUAAUGCUGACCUCUGGUUUUACAAAAAGGACAUAGCCCUUCGUUAUAUUCAAUUCCAUUAUACCUGCCACAUUCAACAGCCGUAUUAAAUUACUGCAUCUAAACCUUGAUAUAGC